GCGCAAUCCUGGUGGCUUGUUACUUGCCGCUAAUGCAAUCCUUGCAGCCUGAGCUUGCUGGCCCAAUACCAGCCAAUCCGCCACAUGAGUAUCUCCGUAUUGAACGUCGAAAGGGUUGCACGACAUGGCAUUUUGCAAAUGGGGGGUCGAUCGUAGCCUGACCGGAUUGCUGACGCCCAAACACUCAAUGCUACUUGAACAGUUUCCUGCCGGCCAUUUUAGGGGGGUCGGAAUGAGGUACGGCAGCCGUGCCUGCUUCGGCUCCUGUGAACAUUUCACUUGGAAAAUCGAAACCAGGGUUCUGAUCUGUGCAAAAAAUCAUGUUUAUAAAUGCUUCAGCCUGCCCCAAAUACUUGGGCAAAAGCUCUGUUCAGCAGUAUCAUUUCCCAUUGCUGGCUGGGUGCAGUUCCAUACAGCGAUUAGUGGUCACGGAGGCCCAGUGAUUGCGCGCUCUUAUCGAAAAAAAGCCAAUGUGAUCAGCUUCGAAAACAGAUUACAUACACAGCCACUUCUUGAUACUUUUGGAUUGAUGAACCGCCAACUCAUAUCAGAAUCAUGUCCGACAGCAGCUCUGACGAUUCUAGUACUUCUAGUACAACUACAACCAGUGCCAGUACGCGGCCAGCCCGUCGCAAAGGUCGGCCAAACAGAGGCUCAUCAUGGAACUUGUCAAAGAACCAAGCACCGCAGGAGAGGCUAGACGACUUCUGGGAUAAAUUUACGACCAAGACUCCCGGAAAGGCCAUGCGCAUCCUUCCACGCAAAGACUAUACAUCAAAGAAGCAGAAAGAACGACCCGGCGAAAGCGUCCAGCUGAAGCCAGUGUCGUACGAUGAAGCAGUCGCCCAGUGUAAAGCCAAAGUUGCUCAGGUCGUCAAGGAAUGCCGGCGCGUCAACCAGCGGUACAGAGACCCGCACUUUGACCUCGAGAUUGACUUCCAGUUGCGGAGAAACCAGUGUCUCGUCAGUCUCUCCAAUCGAAGGCGGGACAUCAUGGCGAUGAGAGCAACGAACAGGAAAGAUGGCGCUGUGCAUGGUGUCGAAACUCAGAGCCGAGCCGGAUUAGCACAGGCAAAAGCCUCCUCUUACGGCCAGGGUGGGCCGCGCCCCAGACCGCCGCCCUCGCAUCAGCAAAAUUUCCGCCCCAUGGCCGUUCAUAGAGUCACCGAGAUCUUUGAGAAGCCUCAAUUCUUUGUCGAUGGGCCAUCUGCCAAUGAUGUCAGACAGGGUCGAGAAGUCGGUGAUUGUUGGCUGAUGGCCGCCCUGUGCACAAUGAGCAACAAGCCAGGCCUCAUAGAGCGCAUCUGUAUAGCUCAUGAUGUGCAGGUUGGGGUCUAUGGCUUUGUAUUCCAUCGCGAUGGAGACUGGUUCAGUGAGAUUAUAGAUGACAAGCUCUACCUUACCAAGGGUGACUACGAUGAUGGAUGCAUCGAGAGGAUCCUGCUAGAUCACGAUCGUGUACGGCAGGACUCUGAGGAGGCUUACAGGCGCCUCUACCAGACCAACAGUGGAGCCUUGUACUUUGCUCAGUCUUCCGAGCCCAACGAGACGUGGGUCAGCUUGCUUGAAAAGGCAUACGCAAAGGCCCAUGGGGACUAUGAAGCUAUAGAGGGUGGCUUCACUGGAGAAGGGAUCGAGGAUCUGACUGGAGGAAUCACGCAAGAGAUUUAUGCUACCGAUAUACUUGACAAGGAGCACUUUUGGAAAGAAGGGCUUCUCAGAGUGAACAAGGACUUUCUCUUUGGAUGCAGCACAGGCAUUUGGGGCCGCGGAACCGGUGAGCGUAGAGGAAUCGUCGAGCUGCACGCUUACAGCGUCAUGAAAACUGUCGAGAUCGGCGGCCAUCGCCUGCUCAUGCUGAGAAACCCUUGGGGCCGAGACGAGUGGAAAGGCAAGUGGUCGGAUGGGUCGGCGGAGUGGACACCCGAGUGGCUGGCCAAACUCAACCACCGCUUUGGCGAUGAUGGGGCCUUCUGGAUCUCUUACGAGGACCUCCUGCGAAAGUUUCAGAGUUUCGACCGGACCCGCCUCUUCGGUCCCGAGUGGAAAGCUGCGGCGAUUUGGACGACCUUUUCGGUGCCGUGGGUGCACGAGUAUCACGACACCAAGUUUGCCUUUUCCCUCUCCCGCCCAGGCCCAGUCGUCUUGGUAUUGUCGCAGCUGGACAAGCGCUACUUCAAGGGCCUUGAGGGCCAAUACCGGUUUGAGUUCUCCUUCAGGGUCCACGUCUCGGGCCAAGAGGACUACCUAGUCCGCAGCCUAACCCCCUAUAGGAUGAACCGGAGCGUCAACGUCGAAUUGGAUCUCGAGGCUGGCGACUACACGGUUCUGGUCAUGGUGAACGCCUCCCGCGAUACGAGCAGCAUGCCAGCCGAGGACGUUGCCAAAGCGUACUCCAAGAAUCAGAGGGAGAAGCUCGCCAGGAUAGCGCUCUCGUACGACCUCGCGCAUAGCAGGGGCCGUAUAGUCGAGACGGCCCAGGAGAAGGAGGCUCGGCUUGCUGCCGAGGUGCGCAAGAAGGAGAAGGCGAAGAGGAAGCUGAAGAAGGCGAUCAUGGAGGAUCGACAUCUAAGGUAUCGCAUCGAUGUCAGGGAGGUGUUGACGGCGAAGAAGGCAAAGGCUAAGGCCAAAGCGAAACGGGCAAGGAAGAGGGCCGAGGAAGAGAAGAAGUGGAAAGAAGAGGCUGAAAAAGCCAAUGAGGCACUCAAGCAAGCUCAAGCGACAAGCGCUGGUGGCCAAUCGGCAACCCAGCCUCAGACACAAGCGGAUGCUGAACAUGCCAAGGGAGACAAAACAAUGCCUGCUGUCGGGAGUCGAGCUCCAAUCAGUCAAGUCGACGCAGAUUACAACAAUAACAACAAGGCUCCCAUUGCGACCUUGGGAGGAGACAAUAAAUAUGGUUCUGAGCAACCGAGUAUGGCUACAAGCAGCCAAGCUACUCAGGGGUUGAACGCUCCAAACGUAACUUCAGCGACCACCAAGGGCAGUCUUGACAUUCCGACUCCUGUGAGCUCUCUCGCUGAGAGCGUUGAGGCAGCGCCUGCUGUGGCCGACUCUGAGCCCCAGACGGGAGAAGUCCAGUGUUCAGGGGAAGCGUCAAACAUGACAGCUCACUCCCUGGAAAAUGCUGCUGUUCCGGUCGAAGAAACCCCUGAACUAAUGGCCUCAUCUGGGGUAGCGCCAGGUAAUGGGGAACACUACAUCUCGCAGGAUCCUAACAAAACAGCUGGCUCAAACAUACCCAACGCAGUUGGGGACACCCCAAGGCGUAUGAUAUCGUCGACAGCCGUGGAAACUGCAGAACGUGGGACGAACACUGAGCCAAAGCGAACCGUUCAAGGGUUGCAUACAGCGGACGAAAGUGUAAAUUGGUCCAAUGGCAUUGCUUCAGAACCAGUUGCGGCAGGCCCUAACAACGUUCCCGAUUCGCAACAUACAGAUAGAGCUCUGCUUCAUCCAGAUGGUACUGAAGGAACCAUCCCGCGAAGACAGUCCUCGAGGUCACGUACGCGCGGUCAGCCCGCAACCUUCCAGCAGAUGGGACAACAGCAGCAGCUACAGAUGAUGUACCGCAGCGGCGUGCCCCCAUAUAACGCGGGCAGGGUACCAGCGCGAGGAUACGGGCGGCCCCAGCGCUUCAUCCCCCGUCCUGGACGCCCCGACACCGAAGGCAGUGUCGAGGACUCCAGUGAAACGGAAAGUGUGUCGAGCGUGUCUGAGAUAUCUGACGGCGAGAUCGAGCUCGAACUCGACGCAAUUCACCGCGGCUGGAGACAAUACCCGGCCGCCACCGGCGUGUUCCCCCGAACUUCUGCCGUCGGUCCUCCCGCACGCCCGUCUCUGCCGACCGGACCAUCGCCGGAUGGCGAGGUCCAGAAGGACCCGUGGAAUGCCGUUGUCAUCCUGGGUUUGCGGGUAUACUACCGACUCGCUCAGGGCGAGGGUGCGGAUACGGAGGUCGUGAAGCUUCAUAUCGAACGGCCGGACCCAUAUGCGGCGGACGACCAAGACAGCGGCGAGGAGGAUGUCGGGGCUGCGGGGAAGGCCAAGGCUGGGGAGCAAAAGGUGAUGGAUGUUGACAAUAGCGCCAAGGACGCCGCCAAGGAUAUCGACAUUGUGGAUAACGGGGUCGUCAAGGCUAACGACCAAGCACCAGCGAACAAUGUCCCUGAGACGGGAAAGGAUAUUCAGGGUGCCGAGACUGGAAAUAUCAAGACUGAGUAAGGUUCGAGGUCUGAGAGAUUUCGACAUGAGCAAGGCAUUGGAAAUCGGACAGAACACACACACACACAUAUAUAUAUAUGCAAUUGCAGCAAACGGGACUUUAGGCAAAGAACGAGAUUAUGCAAGGACAUUUCGACUUGCUAAGAAACUCACUGUUUCUCAAAACUUUUCAACUUUAUCAUGUUGAAGGGGAUUCGGUGAUAAUAACUCUUAAUUCUUCCGCCUCGGCCUAAUCUGGACGCAAAAUCCCAAUUUAUAUAACAAGAAAUACAUCCCAACACUCGAUCGUCCUUUUUCCACAUCAGCACGUGAACGGAUCAGGGCCCGGACCCUUGUAGUUGGUCGGGACGGGAUAGUAGAUGUUGACGAGCAGGCCGGGGUCUCGGGCGUUGUACACUCCAGGGAUGGACACCAUGCUCGCUGAAGGCGCCGACGUGCCGGUCCCGCCCGUGACGGUGAUCUGCGCGC